UUCCUGAAUCGGUCUCUGUUACUAACGUGGGCUGUGGAUGUGGCAGCGAGGCACCGCCAGUCCGGCUGACUACGUGUCUCCCCUUUGCAGUGCACUCCUAACUGUAGUUGUGCUUGGUUUCCUCGGUUUCUGACAUUGCGCCGUAAGGAGUCCUCUGUUGUCCCCAGGUGUCAGCACCAUGUUUGCCAGGCUGGCCUCGUGCUCUCGCCUGACAUCCAGAUUCCGGCAAUCAAAUGUCUGUCCAGCUUCCAUCAGAGCAUUUUCCCAGGCGAAAUUCUUUCUCCCACGUCCCCAUGGGAAGUCUUUUGCCCACCGGAGUGAGUUAAAGCAAGCUAAGCGCAUUGUGGUGAAACUGGGGAGUGCUGUGGUGACACGGGGAGAUGAGUGUGGCCUGGCACUGGGACGACUGGCCUCAAUAGUAGAGCAGGUGGCUGUGCUGCAGAAUCAAGGCAGGGAGAUGAUGAUUGUCACCAGUGGUGCUGUGGCGUUUGGGAAGCAGAGACUAAGACAUGAAAUCCUGCUGUCUCAAAGCGUCAGACAAGCCUUACAUUCCGGACAGAACCAACUCAAAGAAAUGUCAGUCCCAGUUUUGGAGGCACGGGCGUGUGCAGCUGCUGGACAGAGUGGUCUGAUGGCGUUGUACGAGGCUAUGUUCACCCAGUACAGCACCUGCACUGCACAAAUUCUGGUCACCAACCUGGAUUUUCAUGACGAACAGAAGCGCCGCAACCUGAACAGCACACUCCAUGAACUGCUGCGGAUGAAUAUAGUUCCUAUCAUCAACACCAAUGAUGCUGUUGUUCCGCCCCCUGUUCCCAACAGUGACUUGCAGGGGGUAAAUGUAAUAAGCAUCAAAGAUAAUGACAGCUUGGCUGCACGUCUGGCUGUUGAAAUGAAAGCAGACCUCCUGAUUGCCCUGUCUGAUGUUGAAGGCUUAUACGACAGUCCCCCAGGAACAGAUGAUGCCAAGCUCAUUGAUAUAUUCUAUCCUGGGGACCAGCAGUCAAUCACGUACGGCACUAAGUCCAGAGUCGGCAUCGGCGGCAUGGAAGCCAAGGUGAAAGCAGCCCUUUGGGCACUACAGGGUGGGACGUCUGUUGUCAUCGCCAACGGCACUCAUCCCAAAGUCACAGGCCACGUCAUCACGGACAUUGUGGAGGGAAAGAAAGUUGGCACCUUCUUCUCUGAAGUGAAACCAGCAGGUCCCACUGUGGAGCAGCAGACAGAGAUGGCCCGGCACGCUGGCAGGACUCUGGCCUCUCUGCUCCCGGAGCAGAGAGCAGAGAUCAUCUGCUGUCUUGCUGAGCUGCUUACAGAGAAGAAAGAUGAGAUUCUCAGCGCCAACAAGAGAGACAUGGAGUUAGCAACAGCAUCAGGUCAUUUCUCCCAGCCUCUGAUCAACCGCCUGAGUCUGUCAACAUCUAAGCUGAACAGCCUUGCCAUUGGCCUACGUCAGCUUGCUGUGUCCUCCAGGGAUAGUGUUGGUCGGGUGCUGAGGAGGACCAGGGUGGCCAACAACCUAGAGCUGGAGCAGAUCACCGUUCCCAUAGGUGUCCUGCUGGUCAUCUUUGAGUCACGUCCUGACUGUCUCCCACAGGUGUCAGCUUUGGCUAUUGCCAGUGGAAAUGCUCUGCUAUUGAAGGGGGGUAAGGAAGCUUCCAACACCAACAGAAUUCUACAUCAACUCACCCAGGAAGCUCUUUCCAUUCAUGGAGUGACGGAUGCUAUUCAACUGGUGAGCACACGUGAAGAAGUUGAAGAUUUGUGCAGACUGGACAAGAUGAUUGACCUGAUCAUUCCAAGGGGUUCGUCCCAGCUGGUCCGGGACAUCCAGAGGGCAGCUAAGGGUAUUCCUGUCCUGGGCCACAGUGAGGGCGUUUGCCACGUCUACAUAGACAGUGAUGCCAGCAUAGACAAAGCUAUUGAUGUCGUUCGAGACUCCAAAUGUGACUACCCUGCAGCCUGCAAUGCUAUGGAGACCCUCCUCAUUCACAGAGAUUUGCUGCGAACCCCCAUAUUUGACCAAAUCAUCGAUAUGCUGAGAACAGAACAUGUGAAGAUCCAUGCUGGCCCCCGCUUUGCAUCCUAUUUAACUUUCAGCCCAUCUGAGGUGAAGUCUCUGAGGACAGAGUACGGGGACCUGGAGUGCUGCAUUGAGGUGGUGGACAGCAUGCAGGACGCUGUGGAUCACAUCCAUAAAUAUGGCAGCUCCCACACUGAUGUCAUUAUUACAGAAAAUGAGGAGACAGCUGAACAGUUUCUGCAGCAGGUGGACAGCGCCUGCGUCUUCUGGAACUCCAGCUCUCGCUUUGCUGACGGCUACCGCUUUGGCCUCGGAGCUGAGGUUGGUAUCAGCACAGCAAGGAUUCAUGCCAGAGGUCCAGUGGGUUUGGAGGGGCUUCUGACCACCAAAUGGGUCCUUCGAGGUGAAGGGCACACUGUUGCUGACUUCUCUGAGCAGGGCAGUAUGAAAUACCUUCAUGAAAACAUCCCAGUCCCCCAAGGGAUCUUCAGCUAGAUGCCAAGUCAAGAUAAGAAAUGUUCAAAGGUUUGUGUCUGCCAGUGGCGCUUCAACUUUUAGCUGCUGCUUCAUCACCUGUAUUAAUCCAGGUGCAGGAAACUUGCAUGUAGAAGAGAGGGUACUUUUACCAGACAAACAUGUUUCUGGUUUUGUGAACCUGUGACUCAGAAUCUGUUUUUAAAUCUCCACUGACCUCUUGAAAAAAAUGACUUGUUACAUGACUCAUGAGAAGGAAAUAUAAUGUUGUAAAAAGAAAAAAAUGAACUAAUUCUGUUAUGUAUAUGCGACAAACCAAACAAAGUAUACACAGACAAAGCUCUUUCCUCUGUAAAGUCAUUUUUAUAGUGUCAGAAAUGUAAAUCAUGGGCCCAACUGUGAUUUUCUAACUUAUUUUUCUACAUAAAAACUCUCCCUUGGUCUUUUUGUAAUUUACUGUAAGUGAUGUUUGUGCAGGAUCUUGGUUCAGAUUUAUUUUGCUGUCCUUCCUUUGCGCAGAUUAUUUGAAUAAAUAUGCUGUACAGUUCUUUA